UUUUGAUACAUUGGCCGAGAGGGGCGGAAAUAAAUCUUUAGCGUUGUUCAUCGUUGCUAAGCCACUGUCUUUAGCAUUUAUUCACAUCCUUUCUGAACUUUGAGGAGUUAUUGAAUUUAACCGACUUUACAAAAACUGUACAGAGAGGCCCCGCAGGCAUCCUUUUCCCUGUGGGGUCGUACUGCUGAACAGACAUGGCCGUGUAUCGUUCGCAUGACCCAGUGAAAAACCUGAGGAUAAGGGUACGACUCCAGCAUGUCACAUCCACGACUAAUUUUUCACAGCAGAUCCAAGAGCAAGCUGCCCUGUUGCAAGAGAAGGGGAUUAUCGAACUCUCUAGCUUUAGUGCACAGUCUACUGCAGGUGGUCACCAUGAUGACGAGGAAGAUAUUACCAUCAAUUGGCAGGAGAAGCUGUUCAGUCAGUUUGAGGUGGACCUGUUUCGUUUGGAAUCUGCCUGCCAGACCCCCCUGGACCGACAAUAUCAUAAUGAGAUUUUGCGGCUUGAAAGAUCUGGAGGGCGUCAAAAUCGAAGGAUCUUUACAUACACCGAUUAUGACCGCUACACCAAUCUCGAAGAGCACUGCCAAUCAGUGGUCACACCAGAGGAAAGAAAGCCUACAUUCCUUGCAGAGAAAAUGGCCAAUGUUCGACGGAGAAGGCAAGAGCGACGUACCACAGAGGGUGGUAUCCCUAAGUCUGGGCUUGUCGUUUGGGAACCAACCGAAGAGUUUCUGAAGGGCAGCCAUGUCCUUAAUACUCCAGUACAAACGAUGCACAUUAUGGCAGAUCUUGGCCCAUAUGGCAAACUGGGUCUGCGAGAGAAUGAGUAUGUUCUAUGUACCAUCAGAGUGGACAGUAAUGGUGUCAUCACCGUGAAACCUGAUUUCAACAGCAACAAGGAACCUUAUAGGCUGGAGACCGCAGGUGAUAAAAAGGAGCUAUGGAGAUACACUGUGGAGAAUGUGUCUACUGGACUCAAUGCAGAGGAACAAGACCGAGAACAACGUGUUUACAGGGAUCUGUAUUCCCGACACAAAGAAUACCUGAGCAGCCUUGUUGGACAGGAUUUUGAGAUGGUACCACCCGGGACAUUACGUUUGCUCAUCAAUGGAGAGAUCGUUUCUGCUCAAGGUUAUGAAUAUGACAGUCUUUAUGUCCACUUCUUUUUAGACCUUCCUCGCUGCUGGUCAAGCCCACCAUUUCAGCAUCUCUCGGGUGUAACACAGACCUGCAAUACUAAAUCCAAAGGCAGGGAGAAUGUUGCAUACUUUUGCUAUCCUUUUACUUUUGAGGUCCUUUUGCAGCAGGAUGUCACAUUAGACGGAUCUGCUCCACAUUGGCCUGUCCUCUACUUUGAAGUAUUGUCCCUUGGGUACUGGCAACGGUACAGAACAGAGGGCUAUGGCUAUCUGAUCAUCCCUGAUACACCAGGAUGCCACACUGUUGUUUGCUCAACCUGGCGGCCAGUUCAGACUGGCACCGUGACUGAGCUACGUAGGUUUUUCAUAGGAGGGUCCCCUGAAUUGGAGGAUUUGACCUAUGCAAGGAUACCCGGGACUUUUAAGGGGAACAGGCUGAGCCGUUUUGGCUUUCGCAGUGAAACCACGGGUAGUGUGUCAAUUAGACUACACUGCAUUCAACAGUCCAGGGAUUAUAUUGAUGCCAGUGCGUUGAGGAAACAGAGGCAGAGUGUACUUGAUCGACUUGGCAAAUUCGGCCAGCAAGGCACCAUCUACAGCAUUUUAGAGGCCUUUCAGAAGGCACGUCAAAGGAUGCUUGAAGCACAGCAGAGCCUUCCAGGAGACCUCCUUAACACAGCUGGAGCUGUUGAACUUCAAUCCACUGCAUAGUUCAUGAAGUACCCAGUGAUUCUUCCUAACCAGGUGAUGUGUCUACUUAAGAUGGCAUACCCCAGACAGACACCAUAACUCACAAUAAGACCAAUCUGUGUCCCUGUCUUGUAUGUCGAUGACACACAUUGACAAAUUAAAAAAAUUCUGAGAGUAAUAUUGAUAGCUGGUACAGUGCACAUAAUGAACUUUUUUUCACUAAAGGGCCUAGUUUCCAGAAAUGACUAUUUGUGGGAUUAAUUUGGCUGUACUGGAGUCGAGAUAUUGCAGAUGACAACUUUGAUGAAAAUGUUUGCCUUUCUGAGGGAGGCCUGCUCUUUGAAGUACUGUAUACUUACUUGAACACUUUGGAGAACACAUUAUAGACUUGUUUAACGGAUUCUUAUUGUGCAACACACUUUUAAAGGAACUGGCAUUGCAUACAUUUUUUAUGAAACUCUUCAUAAUAUGUAUAUUUUGUAAUUAAAACUACAAUAGUAGUGAAUAUAUUAUAUGUACAGUAUAUUAUGCUGAUUCUAAAUGUAGUUAUAAAGGUGUGACAUUUUUCUCCAGAGAAAUGUCAUUUUGUUACAAAAGUACUAUUGAUCACCUUUUACCAAAACCUUCAAUGUCAUGUUCAGAAAUUGUACAUGAGGGAUUCUGGUGACUACAGAACGAUAACAAUAUCAAUUCAAUGCAUUCUAAGCCCUUCGAGUGCAGCACAUUUGGCAUUCGCCUAUAAUUUCAACAAAGGAUUGACAAACUGUAGCAGUUUGUGAAACAAAAUGCAAGUACAGCUUCCAGAAGAGGAUCCUACCAUGUAUUGUGUAGUAUUAAAUAAAUACUCUCCUAACCCCUCUACCUUAGUGCUGCAUCCACUUGGAAACGACAUUCUUGUUUAAAAAUAAGCAAGUUACUCGAAUGAAGAAAUAUGCCAGCACAGAUUUUCUCUACCCUGAUGAAUAUAUAUUAAGCUACACUUUAAUUUUAAUCAAGACCUGCAAGUUCAUUGCUGAAUCACAGUCAUUUAAGUUAUUUCAUGCAAUCAUUGUUUUAUAUUUUAAUGUAUUAAUGCAUGUAUAGAAAAACAACUUGUGACUUUUUGUUUUUUUACAACUGCUUUAUUUGAUUAACAAAAUAAACUGAAAAACAGUC